CAAGACGUCCGCACUACGGUCAUGAUUCGCAACCUGCCAAACCGCAACGUCGCUAUGAACGUUCGGCUGCCACCCGCAGUCGACGCCGUCAGCUUCGGCAAGUACGAUUUCGUAUACAUGCGGCUCGAUUUCGAGCGCAACCUAAGCGUCGGCUGCGGCUUCGUCAACUUCAUCGACGCAGAGUCGAUCGUGCCAUUCCUCCAGCAUUCCCAGAGCAGGCAUUGGAACCAGCACAUUCGUCGACUGCUCUGCUUCCCACCGCUGCUUGCGGCGUGUGGCCAUGACUGUCUCGUCGAAAAAUUCCGGAACUCUGCCAUCAUGGACGAACGCCCUGGCUACCGU